AUGGCACCUCAUACUAUCCCGAUAUUCGAAGCUGAGGUUGUGUUGAAAUGCCAAAAUAACCUCGGAGAAGGUGUUGUAUGGGAUUCAAGAACUAGCUUAUUACAUUGGAUUGAUAUAUUUACAUCCCAACUUCAUUCGUACGAUCCUUCGAAUGGAUAUCAUUCAAUAGAUAAAUAUCCCUCACAAUGUCUAACGUAUAUUUCACCUCGAAUGUCCGAAAGUGGUUUUGUAGGAACUACAGAAGGCGCACUUGUGAUCUUACCUGAAGCGACUACUCCAAGUGAAACAUCAACUCAUCCGAGAAUAACCAAUAAAACAUUCGAGAAAACCGUGUCUGAACCUUUGAAGAAGGAAUUGAUCAUUGAUGGAACUAUAAGGUUUAAUGAUGGUGGUAUUGAUCCUAAAGGAAGAAUAUACUAUGGUAGUAUGGGCCAAGAUGAGAAAGCAGCUUUUUAUCCCGGGGAGCUAUGGAAAUACGACCUCGAUGGCUCUGUGACCAGGGUCUUGUCAGAAGUGGGUGUAUCAAACGGUCUUGGAUUUUCACCUGAUGGAAAGUACAUGUACUACAUCGAUUCCCGAAAAGAUCAAAUAGACAUAUUCGAUUACUCUCUCAACUCAGGUAUACCAACCAACAGACGUAUAUUCGCUUCUUCUCCCCCGGGAAUAGACGAAGAGCACCCCACAGAAGGUGUAUAUGACGGAUUGUGUUUAGAUGGGAUCGGUAAUGUAUGGGCUGCGAGAUGGAGGAAUGGAAGAGUUAUAGGUAUAAAUCCCAAAGGUGAAAUUAUAGCUAUGAUCAAAAUACCUAAAUCAAAAGGUGCUACCAUACCUUGUUUUGGAGGACCAAAUUUGGAAACAAUGUAUAUCACCACAGCGUCAUCUUACCUCGGUGGACCAGGUGAUAAAGAUACUUAUCCCAAUUCGGGUGAUCUGUUCAGUAUUGAUUUUGGACCGGAUUCACCCAUCAGAAAAGUAUUGGGUGAACAUUGGAAAGGAGCCGAAAGACAUAGAGCGGCUGUUUAG